AUGGGGUCCGUUGCUAGCCCCGCAGAAGCCGUCGCGAGAAUCGCAUACCUUGCCAACGAUGUCGUUCUCUCCGUCCAGCCUUCGCUGAGCACUGAUUCCGAGUUUUCCUAUCAUCUCUCUCGAUUUGUUGCCAACAACGCGAAGAAUUUCGUCUCGAAAUCCCUUCCUGAGAUUGUUCCUGUGCGCCAAAAUGCAGAUCCGCUGCUCUCUGCAUACACGCCCCUCCAGGCCGGUAAACUGGUCUCGGUUACGGCUCCCUCCUCCAUUCUCUUGAACUCGGUACCUCAUUUGUAUAAACUCGCCCAAUAUCCAGUUGUCCUACAUGUGGCGCUGGCAACACCGAAUCCAGACUUCUCAGAGAUUAGCUCAAUAAGACAAUGCGGCUUCACCUUUUUGCAGUCGGAGACCCUGCAGGAGGCACAGGAUAUUGCAUUGACGGCUCACGCCCUGGCCGUGAGAAGCGGUAAAGGUGUCAUCCACUUCUACGACCCCAGCAAUUCCGUUCAGGACCAUCCAAUCCCCAUCGAAAGUCGCGAGCUGGUCCAAGCACUUCUGGGGACUGGUGUUAAAGCUUCACACACGGGUGAAACCGAACAGACGCUUUAUGCCAACAGUGGAAGGACCGCCACCGUUACUGAUCUUGGUCUGCCAGAAGUUACUCCGUCGCAAGCACCAGCACCAACCGCAAGAGAAGCUCUCUCACCUGUUGCCGCCCCUACUUCAGCUAACGGGCACACGGAUUUGUCGUCGGCCGCUUCCUCGUCUUCACGACGACAGAGUUCCUCGGGCAGCACCGCGCCAUCGUCGAUUGCGACGACAGUAGAAACACCGGUUUCUCGCGCUCUGAGCGCUACUGACAUAUUCAAUUACGUCAGUGAGAUCUGGGCCGCUAUCUCCCAUAUAACUGGUCGCAGCUAUUCUGCAAUCGAAUACUCGGGCCCUCCGGAUGCCGAAGCAGCUCUCUAUAUCUUUGGCUCGACUGGAGUGUUCGUCGAUGUCCUCGACGCUGAUGAUGUCCCCGCCGAUCUUUCAAGUCUUGGUAUAAUCACUGCGCGGUUAUACCGGCCAUGGCUUGGGAGCGCUGUUCUUUUGGACUCUAUCCCGAAAACGAUUCAGAAGAUUGCGGUACUGGAGCAGAUCAGAAGGAAGACGACAAAAUGGGGUCCUUCGUUCCUUGAUUUGCUGUCAAGUUUGAACCCGGGUGCUGGCGGCCAAAGUGCAAUCUCGCUGGUCCAAUACAGGCUGGGUCAAAUUGAUGCAUCAACUGCCCUGCAAGCACUUCGUGGCAUAUUCCAAAACCUCGCACCUGCGAUUACGCCUCGGAAACACUCUCGACGUCGCGGAUAUUCCCAAGCUGCGGCCGUCUCGAUCCAAAACCUCAGCAUUGGCCACGAGUUAGAACCUGUGGUUGACAGUUUCGUCCCUGAACAGCCCGAGGCUGAGAAUGCCUAUCUCAAAAUUCUUGACCAGUUGUUCAGCACGAGACUUUACAUUGCCAACUUGCUUGACAAGAAGAAUGCAGGCGUCUCCUCUACGAUUGCUGCUUCACCCGAGUACGGUUUUGGUUCCUUGCUCGCCCGGGCUGAACGGCGUCAAGAAUUUGUAAAGGAGGUGGAAGGGGCAGCGCGCAGCAACCAGUUCAUCACGGAAUCCCCCAAGCAAUGGCUGUCACGAUGGGCACUGAACGCCAAUGACUCGGUAAAAGCAAAUGAGAUUGCUCCAGAGGUGGUUGCACGUCUGUCCACAGACGGCUCGAGGCUAGCCAGUUCUCUGCUUGAUCAAAAAGCGUUCUUUCCAAAGGAAGCGCAGUGGCUGAUUGGCUCUGAUGCUUGGGCGUACGAUCUGGGCAACUCGGGGGUUCAUCAUGUUCUUGCCUCGGGUGCCAAUGUUAAUUUGCUCAUCAUCGAUUCGGAACCGUACUCUGAACGAGCGGCAGCAGAUGCAAUGAGACGCAAGAAAGACAUUGGGCUCUAUGCCAUGAAUUUUGGCAACGCCUAUGUCGCUUCGGUGGCCGUGUACAGUUCUUACACACAGGUCCUGCAGGCGAUGAUUGAGGCUGAAAGGUUUAAUGGCCCAUCAGUCGUUUUGGCUUAUCUCCCUUACAACAAGGAAACCGAUUCACCUUUGACCGUCCUGCAAGAAACGAAGAAAGCCGUCGACAUGGGUUAUUGGCCAUUGUACAGAUGGGAUCCGUCCAAUGAAGAAAAAGGGGAACCUUCCUUUUCGCUCGACUCCGAACGCAUAAAACGGGAGUUGGAAGAAUUUUUGCGUCGCGAUAACCAGCUCACACAGGUGAUGAACCGCCAUCCUCAAUUUGCUGCCAGCCUUUCGGAAUCGUACGGCUCUGAGGUUCGCAAGUUGCAGAAACGCAAAGCAAAGGACGCAUACGAACAGAUGCUGGAGGGGUUAUACGGAGCGCCACUAACAGUCCUUUUCGCUUCCGACAAUGGUAAUGCAGAAGGACUGGCCAAAAGGCUAGGCAAUCGAGGGAAAGCUCGAGGUCUGAAGACCAUGGUGUUCGCCAUGGACGACUACCCACUUGAGGACCUUCCAAAUGAGGAGAACGUGGUGUUCAUUACUAGCACAGCUGGGCAAGGUGAAUUCCCACAGAAUGGACGUGCCUUUUGGGAAGGGAUCAAAGACGCUGCGGACCUCGACCUCUCCAAUAUCCACUACUCAGUCUUUGCGCUUGGAGAUAGCCACUACUGGCCACGCAAAGAGGACAAAAUCUUCUACAACAAGCCCGGAAAAGAUCUUGACACUCGCAUUCAGUUCCUGGGAGGUAAACUGUUGACGGCUAUUGGUUUGGGUGACGACCAAGACCCUGAUAGCUUCCAGACCGGAUACCAGGAAUGGGAGCCCAGGCUCUGGCAAGCACUCAACGUUGCAAAUGUGGAAGGUCUGCCAGAAGAGCCGCCGCCGUUGACAAACGAAGACAUCAAGAUUGCGUCAAAUUAUCUCCGAGGCACUAUUGCAGAAGGACUUGCGGAUACCUCGACCGGUGCUAUUUCGGCGUCGGAUCAGCAGCUCACCAAAUUCCACGGCACCUACCAACAAGACGACCGUGACCUGCGCGAUGAACGAAAAGCACAAGGCCUUGAGCCAGCCUAUUCGUUCAUGAUCAGAUGCCGGCUGCCAGGAGGUGUCGCGACUCCCUCACAGUGGGUUCAGAUGGACGCAAUUGCUUCGGCCCAUGGCAACGAAACCAUCAAGCUCACCACAAGGCAAACAUUCCAAUUCCAUGGAGUCAUCAAGUCGAAGCUCAAGCCAGCUAUGCGAGCAAUCAACAAGGCACUCAUGACAACGAUUGCUGCUUGCGGUGAUAUCAAUAGAAACGUCAUGUGCUCGAGCUUGCCGACCUUGUCGGAGUAUCACCAGGAAGUCCAUGCUGUUUCGAAGAGGAUAUCCGACCAUCUCUUGCCCUCAACGACGGCCUACCAUGAGAUCUGGUUGAAGGAUGACACCACUGGUGAGAAGACCCAAGUCGCUGGUGACGCCGUGCAAGACUUCGAACCCCUCUACGGCCCGACCUAUCUCCCUCGAAAAUUCAAGAUCACCAUUGCCAUCCCUCCACACAACGAUACUGACGUCUACGCUCACGAUGUUGGACUCAUUGCAAUUCGGUCAAAGGACAACGGCCAUCUCGAGGGCUUCAACAUUCUCGCCGGAGGAGGCAUGGGUGUGACACACAAUAAUAAGAAGACCUACCCACGACUGGGAUACAUGAUGGGCUAUGUUCCUGCCGAUGUGGCACACCUGGUGUGCGAAAAGAUCAUGCUUGUGCAACGCGACAACGGUGACCGGAAGAACCGCAAGCACGCACGGUUGAAGUAUACUAUGGACGAUAUGGGCAACGAAGUCUUCAAGUCGAAAGUCCAAGAGCUCCUCACGCCACUGGGCAUCACCUUCGACACGCCACGGCCGUACAAGUUCGAUUCCAACAUCGACACAUUCGGCUGGCUCCGCGACGAAAAGGGCAUGAACCACUUCACCUUCUUCAUCGAGAACGGGCGCGUGGAGGAUACGGCAGAUUUCUCCAUGCGGACGGGACUGAGAGAAAUAGCCAAGAUCCACAAGGGCGAGUUCCGCCUGACGGGCAACCAGCACCUGAUUCUGUCGAAUGUGACGGACGAAGCCAAACCGGCCAUCGCCGAGUUGAUGAAGAAGUACAAGCUAGACAACACGCAGUUCUCGGGAAUGCGCCUGUCCAGCUCGGCCUGCGUGGCCUUCCCGACUUGUGGGCUCGCCAUGGCCGAGUCGGAGCGGUACCUGCCGACGCUGAUCAGCAAGCUCGAGGCCUGCCUCGAGGAAAAUGGAUUGUCGCAGGACUCGAUUGUGAUGCGCAUGACGGGCUGCCCCAACGGCUGUGCUCGCCCUUGGGUCGCCGAGGCCGCCUUCGUCGGCAAGGCCUAUGGCGCCUACAACAUGUACCUUGGCGGCGGCUACCACGGCCAGCGCCUCAACAAGCUGUACCGCAGCAGCAUCAAGGAGGACGAGAUUUUGGAGAUCAUGCAGGGUCUUUUGGGUCGCUAUGCCAAGGAGCGCACCCAGGGCGAGAGGUUCGGUGACUGGACCAUCCGCGCCGGCGUCAUCAACGAGACCACCGAGGGCAAGAAUUUCCAUGACAACACCGCCGAGGAGGAGAGCGAUGCCGAGUAA